AUGCGUCGCGGAUGUCAAACUUUACUCCCCCUCUUCCCCUCUUUAUGUCCUCUAGUCGCAUCGGUCCGGGGCAUCAUUGCCUGCAAGGGCAUCGUGGAGAACCGCAUUACAAAGCACUACUCUAACCGCACCGUUGCGGAGGCCAAAGCGGAGCGGGAGGCACAAAUAGAGAAGUCCAGGCACCCCAACCCGCGCAAUCGCAAGGAGGAGCUGAGCCACCUCACACACCACUGCAGCUAUGAGUAUGUCCCUGAGUUUCAGCGGUGGGCAAACGAUAUGAUGGCUGUAUACAGUGAUCCUCAAGGGUAUGGGCACGACAUGGCAUAUCAUUACCACCGCAUCUGGAAGGCGAAAAGCCCCACGCGGCGUGGCAUUGAGGACGGCAGCGGAGCUUUUGAGGUAUGCAAGAUUCAUCCCAAGUAG